UCAAAAGUUAUGUUCAGCAAUAGCAUACCUGGAUUAUCGGAAGGAGACAAGAUAUAAGGAUGACAAUUGUCCACUUGUAGAGAUGUUUCCGAUCCAGCUUUUUUAACGGGUGUUGAUGAAGAAGAAUCAUCAACAGUAGUAGACAUGAUUUGAGAGAAAUUCAGAAAGAAGAUGUAUGCUUCUAUAGAAGCUUUGAUACCAUGAAAUAUUUCAAAGAAUGAAAGAGCAAGAAUUGAAAAUUCUCUUCGUAUUAUUGUGUGUCAUACCAUAUAGAUUGCCAUCGUAUUUAUACACAAAGAAAAACUAAAAAAGAAAAACCUAAAAGAAUAUUGUGAGCUGUCAUUCUAGAAUAUUCUGCAUAAACCGCCUCUAACUUAUUCUGAAGAUAAAAAAUAAACUAAAUAUAUACAUGAAUGGAAAAAAUAAAAAUAACCCUAAGACACGUACAGAUGACAAGGCCCAAUAUGACUGAUGACUUUAAGCGUGCAUCUACUAUCUUUAUUUCUCUUCUUUUAGAAGCAGUAGAAACAGUGCAAUUAUUUUCUCCGGCAACAGUUAUAUGUGAGUUUUGAUAGUUAUAUCAUCUUCGAAGAAACAAGUUGCAGACAGAAGUCUAAUUUGUUUCUCUUUUUCUCUCCAUGUCUGCAACUUGUUUUUCGAAGACGAUAAAAGUGGUUCUGCAACUUGUCCUAUGUCUGCAUCUUGUUUUUUGGAAAUGAGAUGGAAAACACCUUGGAAUAAAAUUAGACUUUCCUUUUAUAAUUGAAUUUCCAACUCAGUGAAACAAAAUUAUUUUAUGUGAGUUAUAAUGUGACGUGACGGUUGUUAGUUUUGAGAGGUAAAAUGAGCUUAUUCACUCUCAGCAAGGGUAUUUUUGAGCCCAAAAUCAAAUGGAGGGUAUAAUUGAUUCAUUUUCAAUAGUUGGAUAUUUUUUCAUCCUUUUCGCUUAGGAUUUUACUUUGCUUCCGUCAUUAAAAAAGUCACUUUAAGUGGAUUUUAAAAUAAUCUCAAUAGAAAAAUGAUGUGGUAGCCUUAAUUAGUGAUGCAUUUGCUUUUGCUAUAGUACAUUUGGUGCUCCAAGUAUAAGCAAAUAUGCGUCAAAGUUCAAGACAAUGAAAAAACUUAGUCUUUUUAACAAACUAGUAGUACUACAUCUAUUACCACCAGCUUGUUGACAAUGACUAUCGAAGGACGACAAGAGAGAUCAUUGAGUAAAAACUAAUGGACACUUUUGAAUAUUCUCCACAUAAACAUGAGUGAGAAUUGUUUGUUCAAAAUGAAACAUAUGGAAUUCUUGCCUCGCCUUGUGAAAAUGUCAAGCAUUUUCCUUUCUUGAUUGCAUAAAAUUUCUGUUAGGCAAUGUCAACGUGACGGCCUGAGAGAAUGAUAUAGCAAAAGCAAAACUUCUCACGAUAAAUGAGUGAUGCAAUUUGGUACUCUCUCCGUUUUAAAAAGAAUGAUCUACUUUGACUUGACACAAAAUUUAAGAAAAUAAAGAAACUUUUGAAUCUUGUGGCCUUAAAUUAAAGUUGUGUCAAAUGUACCAAAAUUAUUGGCAUAUUACAAAUUAUUGGCAUAUGGGAAAAACAUCAAAUUUGUACACAAGAAAAAAGGAAUUUAAAAGCAAGGGAGUUAAGUCACACGCUUCGCUUCGAUAAACUUUAGGAAAGAAGAAUACUAUAAGAGGAAAAUGCUCAACUGCUUCAAACCAAGAAAACACCUAAGGGAAGCCAUCGAAAAGAUGCAAAAUGCAAACAAAAAUAUGGGCAAUAUAGCACAAAGAUGGAGAAUUCUCAGUGGGAGUAACAAUUGGGAAGACUUAUUAGAUCCACUUGACAAUGAUCUUCGUCGGUACCUCAUUCAUUAUGGAGAAAUGGUACAAGCAACUCGAGACGCCUUCAACAAUGACAAGAUGUCAAAGUAUGCUGGAAGUUGCCGAUAUUCUAAGAAGAAUCUCUUUUCUAAAACGGGGAUUGAGAUGUCCAAUCCAUUCAAAUAUGAGAUAACCAAAUAUAUUUACGCGACUUCAUCUAUACAAGUUGCAGAAGCAUUCAUCAUAAAAUCAUUGUCGAGGGAAGCUUGGAGUAAAGAGUCAAAUUGGGUUGGUUUUAUUGCUGUGGCUACGGAUGAGGGGAAAAUCGCAUUGGGAAGAAGAGAUAUAGUGAUUACUUGGAGAGGAAGUGUUCAGACUAUGGAAUGGUUUAAUGAUUUUGAUUUUAUUCAAGUUUCAGCCCCGAUAAUCUUUGGUGAAAAUUCUGUACCCAAAGUUCAUCACGGUUGGUAUUCCCUUUAUACUUCUGAAGAUUCACGAUCACCAUUCAAUAAGGCCAGUGCUAGAGACCAGGUGCUUGGUGAAGUUCAAAGAUUGGUGGAACUAUACAAAAACGAGCAAGUUACCAUAACAGUAACAGGGCAUAGCAUGGGGGCAGCCGCCGUAACAUUAAAUGCAGGGGAUAUGGUUUUCAAUGGAAUCAACAAAGGCUUUCCGGUCACAGCAUUUCUAUUUGCAAGUCCAAGAGUGGGAGAUGAAAAAUUCAAGAAUGUCUUGUCCAAACUCGAACAUCUUCGAGCUCUGAGAAUUCAAAAUGCCCCAGAUAUAGUUCCAUAUUACCCGUUGCUUGGCUACUCAGAUGUUGGUGUCGAAUUAAUCAUCGACACUAGGAAAUCAGGCUAUCUAAAAAGUCCUGGAGAUCAAAGAAGGUGGCAUAAUAUGGAAUGUUACUUGCAUGGAGUUGCUGGAACGCAAGGGUCAAAAGGAGGAUUCAAGCUAGAAGUGGAACGGGAUAUUUCACUCGUUAACAAGCAUUUGGACGCGUUAAAAGAUGAAUACAAUGUACCUACUUCAUGGUGGGUUGAGAAGAAUAAAGGGAUGGUUCAACAACAAGAUGGAUCCUGGAUUCUCGUGGAUCAUGAAGAUGACGAAUUUUAGUUCUUUCUCCA